GUCAGUUUAAUCAUUGUUCAACUCUUUGUUCCCUUAGUCCCUGUCGGAUUUCAGACUUUUCACAUUAGACCCCCAAAAAAGAAAAUUAUAUACCUUGAGUCCUUCUAUCUACUUCCUUAUCUCCCCUUCAAAAUUUCACUCUUUUCUUUUCCUUUCGAAGUAAUUACUCUUUUGCCGACGCAGUUUCUUGGAUUUGCUGCCCUUUUUUCAGGCUGUUCUGCUUCAAUCGUCUUUAAUUUCAAUUGGAUAAAAAAAUGUCGCAAGGCUACGCAAUCGAACUCUACUUCGAUCCCGCGCUCGAAAACCAGGUCUUGAAAGCAUGGAACGUUUUAGCCCGAAGACAAAUCAGUACUCAGCUAAUCGAGAUCGAAUCUAGGCCCCACAUUACAUUGUACUCGAGCCCUUUUACCGAUGUCGCUAGAGUAGAGAAUGUACUAAGAAACUUCGCUGCAAAGCAAGAACCCUUGGCCGUCUCCUUCUCUUCGAUCGGAAGCUUCCCGAGUGACAACAAUGUCCUGUUCCUCGGUCCGACGCCUUCGUUGUCGCUCCUUCAGUUUCAUUCGCAAUUGUGCGAUGCGAUGAAGAGAGAAGGUGUAGAAGUUGGGGACGAUUUCUGUCCGGAUAAAUGGAUUCCUUAUUGCUCCGUGGCUGAGGAAGUUCCAAAGACUCGUUUUUUCGAAGCGUUCACCGUUUUGCGUGAUUUGAAGAUGCCCGUUAGUGGAUACGCGAUGGAUAUUUCGCUGGUUGAGUAUUCGCCCGUUCGCGAGAUCUUUUCGUUUACUCUGGGUACGCAUCAUGUUAGUGACUUUUGAUGAUGAUGAUGUCGUUUGUGUUAAUUGCUGAUUUAGAUGAUGUUCUAUUUGGUUUGCGUUUUUACGUUUUACGUGGUUGUAAUAAGUGGUUAUUAUAACUUAUGUAGGUUGUAAGGAUGGUACUUAUAAUUGAUUUAGUUUUCAGUUAUAUAAACUUCCUCUUGUUGUACCAAAUUGUGUCUUUAGUCGAUAAUGUGUCGUGAAGUGACUGUUUUCGUGGGCUUCAAAUUUGUAUUAUAUGGA